GCCGGUUAAUCGGACCGAGGUUCCGGCUCAUUAUUAAAAACACUUCGAGUUGUAAUCGUUAUAAUAUUCGAACUAUACUUUUCAUAUUUAUAUUGAACUGUAGAAGGUUCUUAUUAUCUGACAGGUGAUGUGGCACAGAAAGUACAAAAAAAAGAAGUCGAAUAUUUUCAGGUUCACCACUUGAAGAACAGGGCAUAUUGAGCGCUUUAAUGUGUGAAUUAAGAACCGAAUAGUAGUGUAGUAGCGUAAGGGAGAUGGAAAAAAAAUCAAUCGAUCACUUCGCGCAAUCACGCAGUGACAAAAUUCUAACCACAGAACAUGACGGCACAGGCGGUUCAGAUAAUGACCGUCCGAUUAAAAGUUCAACAACUCUAGCACACGAUGAACACGAUGAAGGCUUCAAUACAAACCUACACUUAAACGAUACGCGUACAACCCCAGACUCGACCGACCAGAAAUCAAGCUUGCCCGACCCCCCACCAAUUGUCAAUGUCGAGUCUUUCGCUCAGUUGUAUCCUCCCUCUAUCUUCUGGGUAGAUGGUGCGAUUGUGGUCGUGUUUUCCUGGGCUAUAGCGUUAUUUGGCCUGCUGUAUAUGAACCUCGUGAUGGCGUUCCCGCAGUGGUGGUAUAAAGUGGACAACAACGAGGAAUUUGCGCACAAUCCACACACUAUGCAGUUCUUGACCGGACGGUGGUGGUGGAUAUUUGUAGGAGCACUGACAGGUUUAGUUGUCAGUUCAUUGCGCGUGUAUAUGAACAUCACAGGGCCAAUACCUUCGUUUAUAAACGAAAUACAUAAGCAGCACCAAGAUCCUGUGAUGGGCAUGAAAGUCAUGGUGUGUGCGUGUAUUUCUCUAAUGGGUGGUGCAGGCUUAGGACCAGAGGCUGGAUUGGGUGCGUUUGGUGGGUCUGUCGGACAUCUGACGUCAGCGUUAGUUCGUAGAUACACAUCGUGGAGUGGAGCCGAUCUACGGCGACGUCUGUAUACGCUGUGCGGAAUGACAGCGGCAUUUGGCUCCUUUCUACCUGCGCCAUUCGUGUCUGUCGCCUUGGUAUCGGAGAUUGGGAAACCGUGUGCUGAGUGGGACAUAACGUACAUGCGCAUGUUCACUUUUUUCACCUUGGCCGCAUGUUCCGCAUAUUUAGUUUAUAGUAACACAUUGGACUUCACCCCUCUGAGUCAAACAUCGGGUCUAGAUGUGCUGCCGCAGUAUGAUCGUAUGCCAAGUAACAACCUCUACGAUGACCAAUGGUAUCAAAUCUUCGUAGGUAUGCUAUUCGGUCUACUGGGCUCAGCAAUGGCUCUACUCUUUCUGAUAGUAUCGAUGAUCGUCAAGGUUAGCGUUUCAGCGCUCAGAGACUUCUUGAGUAGCAAAAUAGGGUUCAACAAGGCAUUUGUGAUUACCGCUGUAUGUGGGGGUCUUUUCUAUGGCACAUGUGGGUAUCUGAUGCCCCUCACGAUCGGUGACGGUAUUGAGCAGCUACACAUCGUGGUCACUCACGGCGACGAAAUUGGAAGUGCUGUGUGCAUGGAGACUGGCUUUGUGGGUGGCUUAUUCCUACCCAUCGUGGCCAUAGGAGUGUACAUGGCACGCGUUGUUGUGAACACAACGGGUGUGGACUUCACGCUGGCAAUAUUUUGUGGAUUUGCAAUGCUACCUGCUGCGCUGGUGCCCAUCCCUAUCACGAUGGUUGUAUUUGUAGCUAGCACAUUUGCGUUAGGUGCUGGGGCCACAUCCCCUCUACUUUCAUGCGUCAUCACUUCGUAUGUGAUGAUGAUGGGUAUUGGAAUACCACAGUUCCUAGCGCGUAAGGGUUAUGAGAGGCGUAUAGCUAGCAUCUCUCGCGGAAAUGGGUGACCAUCCGAAGCCUGACUCUAUGGUUUGUCUUGAUUGGUCCACCCAUCAAUGUGAAAUCGAGUUACAAAGGACGAACCAAAUAUAAUCCCGUACCGAUGAGUAUGGUGCGCAUUCGUGUAAUUUACUUUUAUGUAUCUGAUAUCUGAGGAGCGCGAACUUAAGGACAUCUGUCGCACUACGAUGCAGAGAACUGUGCUUGUCCUAAAAUGUGCGGCUCAUUCAUUAUAUGGAUGGGAGUGGAGUGAUCGUAGACAUGGCUCUAGUCCCUGCUCUAAAAACGCAAUCGCAUAGUUUACAUUUUAGUAAAACAGAGGGGCUAAUACAAAUUUUACAUGUCCGACUGUAUAGGUCAGAGAAUAUCACUAUCUGCUUGUGAGCUAACGCAGCC